GCCAGUGAGACUUGAACGCAAGCGGUGGCGGUCGUCGGUGGGAGUUAAAAACUUUAGGCAGAUAAGCGGAGCUGCUAUUGGGAGCUCAGAGGAGGUGGAGGAGCUGAAAAACUAGGGAAAAAUGUGUGUACCUCAAACGAAACAGUGAAAAUUGCGUAUUCUUCUUUGAAAAAUGAAGUACAAUUUAUAUAAAACGAAAGAUUUUAUGAAACAACAAAGCUAUCGGAAGUGCACCCAUUAAGGCCGAUUCCCUCAAGCAGCAGCAGCACCAUCCACCCCCCAAAAAAGAAGACACAACCCCUAUUUAUGAUUAUCGUCCUGCUGCUGCUGUUCCAAUCGCUGUGCCUCUAUUGCCAACGCCUGGUGCUCUACGUCCACGACCGAUGCUUCCCAAGGAACGUGCGCCUGCUGCAGGAGGUGGCCGAGACGGUGGGCGAUCGUAAGGCACCACAGCGCCUGGCGGAGCAGCAGUUGGAGCAACAAAAACGAAGCCAGAAGCGUCGCAUUCUCGAACCCAUCCUACCCCUGGUCGGUGGUCUCAACUCCGAAGCCUGUCGGUUUUGUGCCCACAGUCCACAGGGCUAUUGUCGCCAUCACUUUCAUCUGCAGGAACUGCAGCUGCACAAACAAAGGGGUUCCAGGGGUGAUCAGGAUUUCCGACAAAUUCGACGAAUCAAGCGGGAACUGAAGAGGAGUAUUGGUCAGCAGCAGCAGCAUCUCCAGCCAGCGAGAAGUUAUCGUCCAGUCAGGCUGAGUCCCAGCUGGAGCAGCAGUUCCCUGAGCAGUGGCUACGCUUCGUUAAGUAGCUUUGGCUCUCAGGAGCAGGACCAGGAGGAGGUCUCAUUGAAUCCAGAAAUUCUUGAAGAUAUUCCACUUGAAGAGAACCCACAGGAGUUAGAAGGUGAAUUGGAGCAGCUGGAUCUGCCACAGGAGGAAAUCGAGCAGCCCCUACUUACCAGCCACUUGUAG